AUGCAGAAAGACAAGUGCUUGGACGUUUCUGAGAAGGAACAACAAGUACCAGAUUACUCAAAGCUAGUCUUGUCAUCUUCUUUACAAGCCCUUUGUCGUUAUAUGGAGACGACAUUAAAGGUUCAUGAGAAGACUAUUACACAGUUUGCAACCAUGGAUGAAAUUGGGGCUACUAUGGUUGCUGUAUACAUGAGCCAAUUGACUUCAAAAGAUAGAUGGGGAACAGAUUUUCUUUAUGCCUUACAAUCCAAGUUUGAAAAUGGCAAAGAUGAAGCACCAUACCCCCAAGAAGCCAUAGAAGAAGUGAAGAAAGAAUGGGCAGAUUUUGUUUGCCUUCAUAUGGAGUAG